AUGUUCAGCAAAAAACUUCACGUAGACGUCAAAAAGUCAACACUUAAAAUCCAGGAUGUCAAGAAGGACAGUGCCACGCGAUUCAAACAUCUUAAGAUAGUUCUAGAAAAUGUCGAUAUCGAUGAGGCGAAGGGAUUCUUCGAAGGGAAUUUCAGUCACGUCUAUUUCAUUCUUUAUGACUGCUUUGUAUCAGCUGAGGCUAAUCUACGUCAGCGUGAACUUUCCUUCCAUCUCGUUCAUAAGGCGCACAGGGAAGAGUUGGAGCAAGUCCUGCUGCUCUUGGAGAAGGUGUUAACUCUGCUUCCUGAACUUCUCAACAGAAGAUGGCAGUGUCACAGUCUUGCCAGGAUCUUGCGAAAGCUUCUUCAUCCUGGUAACAGCUGGAAGCUUCGUCGUCAGGCGAUAAGGUACUUUAUCCUCUGGUAUCAGGCACUAGGAGACAAUGCACCCGAUCAUAUACAUCAGAUGUUCGCCUGUCUGGUACCUGGCUUUCCACCUAGUCUACCGUCACCCUACAAAUCCGAACGCAAACUUGACGUCCGGAAGGAUAAGUUGACGAAGUUGUCCAACUACGACGAUAAAGAGAAGCGUGAGUUCUACGAUACUCAGCUGGGACAUAGCAUUUUCCAUGACAGUAGUGUAACACAGGGGCCCAUCAGUCUUGUGGAUAGCGGACCUAUUUUGCCAUCACAGAGCGGUGAGAAACCUUUGGACAAUGAAAUGGUUAGAUUCCUGGAAGCACUGCUCGAGUUUAUGGUCACUCAAGUCGUGAGGAUUGAAUGGAGAGACAAAUAUACCAGACAACAUAAGUGUUUCCAGUUUCUGCUAGAACGAUUCAAAGCGACUUAUCUACGGUACAUUUGUCCGGACUUCGAUGAAAAUUUCUCACUGUACAAACCGAAUUUGGAUUUGCCUACCAUGCGAAAGGCAUCCAAUCAAAGUCAAGACAAUUAUAUACUUUGCAAAGUUACGUUGAUAAAAUGGGUGGCUAGUUUUACACAUGUUGCCAAGAAGGAUGGUCCUUUUACACAGCUUUCCCAAAGUAUAACACCUCAUGAAGAAACCACAGAAGCGGAGUUGCGACGUGUGUCUGUGACACAGAAUGCAACCGAUCCUAAUCUCAUACCACCUGAAAUGAACGCCAGUCAGCAAGAUCAUCAGAAUCAGGAAGACAGUACCAUGUCGGCCGUAGCUCUGGUGCGAGAAGUUCUCUAUGGGAAUAGGGACAAUGUAAAUUUCGUUCAUGAGCUGUAUAGACAAGCAUUUUUAUUAGAUUUUACACAUGCUGGUGCUAUAAGGAAGGCAAUUGCUGUUUACAAAGACUGGAUACAAAUGAACGAACUUCCGCCAUUUAUGCUGGAGCCUCUGGACGGACAUAAGGAAAGAGACUCAGAGGAAAAUCAAAGGAAAGACGGUGACGUGGAUAAAAGUCCGCCAGAAAGUUAUCGUCAGACACGCCUCAGGAAUGAUUCUUAUCUUGGAGCUAUUCAUCGGGAAAACUUAUUCGUUCGUGCAGGACUACAAAAUGUUUUAGAAGUCUUCGUCACCCAGGCUUCGAAUGUCUUCUUCUUGGAUUCAUCCGGAAGUAACUCAUCGCCGACACUUCUGGAAGAACAAACUGAUAGCUGCAAGAGAGUUCUGAACGUGUAUCGUUAUGUUGUCAUGCACGCCAGACUGGAACCUGCCACUUGGGAACAAUUACUUAGGGUAUUAUUACAAAUCACAUCACUGGUGCUGAGUGAAAAGUCGACACGUCGUAAGCAGCAGGAAACCAUUGGUGGAAAAUUGGCACCUGCCAUCUUUCAAACUCUUAUUGUAACCUGGAUCAAAGCUAACCUGAAUGUUAUCAUCUCCACGCAGCUUUGGGAUCAGUUUCUCACCGUGCUCACGUCUUUAACUCAAUGGGAAGAUUUAAUACGAGAAUGGACUAAAACUUUGGAUACCUUGACGAGGGUGCUCGCCAGGCACGUCUAUAAUUUGGAUCUGAAUGACCUUCCUCUGGAUAGACUAAGUGAGCAGAAGUCAAAGAAACGUCGUGGUGUUGGAACUCGUGCAGCAUCCACAGGGAGCGUUCAGCCUCCUCGACGAGGAAGUGUGGAUCAGGAAACUAGUGCCACUUCCAAAGAGAGCGUUACUGAUCAUCCACUACGAGACUCGAGAAAGAUACGUCCGCUGCCACGGAGUGCCAGCGAUAACACUAUCUACAAUGGCAAAUCUCGCGUGAAAUUUCAUAGAAACCGCACACACACCGUACAUUCCGGAAUACCCGUACUUCCCUUAUCGAUAGAGCAAGAUAUGGCCAGGCUAUUGACGAAUGGUCCUAGUGCAUCUACUGGUACUUCAACGAAAAUGCUCCCAAGUCGACGUGCUAAAUCACUGGACAGUGUCGUCAUGGUGGAUAGUGAACCACCUUCGCCGCGUUGUCCUUCGCCAACACCUAGCAGCGGCGUAGACAGCAACAAGGAUAGUCCAAUUCAAAUUGAGAACAUUGAUGGUAGCAGCAUUGAUACAACGGAUGUGUCGGAGAGAAGAUCCGUUAUGGCUGGUGGCGGUGUGCGAGGUUGGCUUCCAGAUGUCGCAGUCGUCUUGUGGAGACGCAUGUUGUCUGCCCUUGGAGAUGUUAACAAUAUACAGGAUCCGGCGUUACAUGGUCAAGUAAUGGACUAUCUUGUGCAACUUACGCAAACGCUCAUCAAAAUUCGUUUAAAUCAAGGUGUUUCUGGCGACAAUCAAGCGACUCCGCCGGCUCCAGAACUCAUUCCACCUCUAACCGUAAUUGCUCCUUGGUGUUUCAAGGCCAUACAGCUUCCACCACAAUAUGAAGUUGGCAAGCUGGCUGCGUAUCGUUUGAUAUGUCUUUUGACUAUUCAACCUUUAGAUAUUGGUUUACCGAAACCACAUCUGACACUCUUUUAUCGAGCUGUUCAUGGAGGAAUCGUUAAUAAUGACACGAAAGUCCUGCACGCACUUGUCAAGUACACCGGUCCCAGAUUAUUCAGUCUCAAUCUUCCUGGUUCCAGUCUCCUCAUUUUAGAUUACAUUCAUGCGGCGAAUGUAAUACUCAACAGCCACGAUAUCCAGGCACCGAGGACAGAGGCUGUAUCGAUUCUUGGCUCACUGCUUUCACUUCCUGCCACAAUGGCAAAAUUGCCAGUGUUACAGCCAAAUAAUUCGGAAAUAGUGACUAUGACCUGUCCAGAUGCAAAAGAACAUAUUGUAACGAUUCUAUUGAGAAGCUGCAGACGCGAGCCAACAGGUGUAGCUAGAUGUGUGGCGCUUUCGAGCAUCGGUAUGUUCGUCUACAGAGAAUUAUCUUAUAGGACGCGACAUCCACGAGUACCAGAGGCUGUGACGGUGCUUCUUUUAGCGCUCAGAGCCACACACGCAACUGUCGCUCAAGUAGCAUGCGACUCUUUGCUUCUACUUUGUGGUCAAGCAGAUAUUCUUCUGGAAAUUUAUCCCAACGUGCCUGCUAAGAUUAUUCAGGUACUGUCCGAGACUCUUGGUCGUAUGACGUCUCGAGAACGGCGCAGUGCUCUGACGACGUCCAUGCUAUUCUGUCUUGGCGAAUGGGCCAUGCAACUUGGUCCUCCUGUACUAUUGCGACAGUUUCAGGGAAAACCUUUGCUAUUGACUUUGUUCACGGUGUUAGACACGAUAGUACAAAAGAAAGUGGGUAAGGAUACACAAGACUCAGCAAGGAGCUUUCAACACGAUAGCGAUGAUUUCGAUCCUGAGAUCAGUCUGGAUAACCUAGUGGACGAAAGUGGAGUUAAAUCACCACGUCGCGGAAAUGUUCAGUCGAUUCAACUGGCUGCAAAGAUGGUCCUCAUGCAUCUGGUCAAUCACCUGGGACACUUUCCAAUGGGGAUCGGAGCUGCACGUUUGUCAUCGCUCGUCGUGGAACUUGACGAUGUGCCUGGAAUAGACAGUGACGAGUUGUCCUCUGCUGUUUUUCAGGCUCCGAACAUCCAGCUUCUUAUGCUCUCUAAUUCUAUUAUAAUGUCUCUCGUCGAAUUGGCGGCACUAGAUGCUCCUGGUGGAGGCGUGACUGCAGGUUUGACUACUGCACCGUCUACUGUAAGAGUUUUACUCCGAGAUUUAGCUGGCAAAGCUUCCUGGGACAGUUCUAUCCUGUAUAGUCAACCAUGCGUCGACGAAAAUCCGUCAACACCCUUUACCAAACCUGUCGACUGGAGUAUAAAACUGAGGAAGGAGGAUUUAAGCAGUAUCGUUUCAUCGCAAAGCUCUCCACCACAGCAUACAAUGAGACAUCGCGAACCUCAUAUACUACCUACAUUUGCCAAUGCUGCAAGCGAUAUGGAUAAUUUGGACGAUCUACUUCAGUAUAUUGGCCACACCAGUCCUGAAGUAUUGACAAAUCCUGAGGUGGCGUUAAAUGCUCCAGCAAGUCCGCCUCAUGGACACUACCUCGACAGCGAGACGAUAGCAGUGAUUUUAAAUCAAAGAAAUAUGGAGCGUGAUCAUGUCAAUAAUUGUAGUCAACAUAUCAGUAUGUGUGCCUCUGCAAUAAGCCCUCCUUCGUGUCGACCACCACCAGCACCAUUUCAUCACUGUCGCCUUUUAUUCUCGCAUCUCGGUCUCUCAGGCUGGGAACAACGAAGGAAGCUUCAUUUGCUGGCAAAGAAUGAGAAGCUCCUACGCGAAUUGCGCAACAUGGAUGGCCAGCGUUCGCGAGAAACGCAUAAAAUGGCAGUGAUAUAUGUUAGUCAGGGCCAGGAAGAUAAGAAUUCAAUAUUGAGUAACGUUACGGCCAGUAAAGAGUACGAGAACUUCGUCGCCAGGCUGGCCUGGGAAGUCGAACUCGAAUCGCACACCGGUUUCUUAGGCGGCUUGAUACCCGGCAAGGCAUCCGGGGUCACUGCACCGUAUUAUGCUACAUCCUUCACUGAAAUUCUAUUUCAUGUUGCUACGAGGAUGCCGUCGGACAGUCCUGAAAGUUUACUCCAAAAGACGAGGCAUCUUGGAAAUGAUGAGAUUCACAUAGUGUGGUCAGAGCAUUGGCGCGACUAUCGGAGGGAUAUCAUACCAACAGAGUUCUGCGAUGUACUGAUAGUCAUCUAUCCAUUGCCUAACAAAUUGUUCCGAAUUCAAAUAUCGAGAAAAUCGGAAAUUCCCUUCUUCGGACCUUUGUUCAACGAAUGUAUCGUAGAAGAGAGGAUUUUACCAGGUCUUGUGAGGACGACCGCAUUAGCGGCCAGCAGAGCCAAGAGAUCUACUCUCACCCUAUAUCAGCAUUAUUACGAAGAAAGAGCACGUUCUAUAGACACUGUAGUAAGAAAUCACAAGGACGCAACGACAUUCGAAGAGUUCGCUGCCAAUGUUUAUUCUCCAGUGUUGCCGCCAAGUCCAUUCAGUGGCGUAUCAUCAGUGUCAGGAUCAACUACGAGCGUACAGUCCACGGCGUCAUCGAAUCUUGCAGCGGUACUGAUAGACGGUCAGGGUCGACUCGGAUUGCGCAGUAAUUCUGCAGCCAGCAGUGACAAUCGCGCGAAUAGAGGUGACUAAGCUCAGUGCACUAACUCCCAACCACCCUGUAACACCAUCCGACAAUUUCUGACAGCAGCAGAGUGUGGUUCAGCAGCGACACUCCAGAUACUACGACCAUCCAUGGUAUCUCACCGAGACCCGUGAAGAAGAUGUCCUUCAAGAGUGGUCCUAAGCAUAGAGGAGCUACACAGUCCACACCGCCAGAUAGUCCUAGAUACAAAUGAGAGAUCCAUCUGUUUGUCCUAUAUUGCAAAGGGAAGAAACUCAAAUGUCCAUUAUUACAAAUCCGCAGAUCCUCCGGAAUCUUUUGGGCCGCGUCUCUCUUUAUUAAGGCAAAUUUAAAAGUUAAAUUUGUGGCUGGCCACCUAGACGAAGAGUGUAAGUAAUUACUACAGGAAAUCCAGUAGAUCUCGUAUUAGGAAUUGAAUAAUCAAGUACCUUGGCCGUUUUCUUUUAUCCGUCCUUAGAUUUAAUUUUCUACGAUUAUAACGUAAAGCUUGAUUUACCAGAACACAAAGAUACUCUGUGCUGUGAGAGAAACUGUAUUCUCCCACUUAACAUUGCGUUCUAUAUGGACGAACAACGUAUUGCAUUGCUCCGAUUAACAAAACAGCAAAGAUGAAACAUUUUUUUAGUGGGAGGAACCGUGCCUUCCUUGGUUCUUGUAUUUGUUUUUCUUAUACACGAAGCAUAUAAUAAAAUGCACUGUUCGAUAACCAAACUAAGUUUUGGUUGAAUGACCUGCUACAAAGAGCCAUAUUAAAUGUUUUCUCAAAGAUAACUGGUAUCUCCUUGGAUACUGUUUAUUAGUAGCAAUCUAUUCAUUUUUUCUAUAUCAUCUACUGAAGAGAAACAUUCCAGAAAUAUCAGCACUAAUCAUUGUUUGUUCUUUUAAUUUUUAUUGCAUUUUAAUAAAUUUCACUUGAAAGCUUCGGCGUUGCACGGCAUUUGCUACUUUUAAUCAUAAUCUUAAUUUUCGGAUCCAACUAUUCUCUCAGUAAACGCGAUGUGGAACAUUGAAAGUAACGAAGAGAAUCGAUACUUACUUAGUCAAUAGUCGCUUCACAAAGAUAAUCUUAGUGUAUGCGCUAAUAAUCAAAGUAUUAUUAUUAUUAUUAUUAUUAUUUGGAAUUAUCUAUUAUGGCAGAGUUUCGCGAUGAGUUCGUUUCCAUUCAACGCAAUUGAGAAAUAGUUCGACAAUAAAUUGAGUUCCUUUCAAAUGAUCGUAUAGUUCGAAAAGAAGAAGUUUCAUUAUGUACUAAAAAUAUAAGUAAUUUUGCCUAUGAGCAUACCGGCGUCUAUGCCGCAAAGUGUACGAAACUGUGACAAUUGUAGCAACAAAUUGCUACAUGAUGAAAAAUAACGAAUCGCAAAUUCAUGGUCAAAGCAGCAUUAUUUUUUCACUAAUCUAUAGCAAACUAUAGAGAUGUAUGUUGUAUGUAUUGUACAUUGUUAAGGAUUUGAGUCAGCGUUGAGUCAUUUGAAUAUACAUAUAUUAAUAUAAUGGCGAUACAUGCACGAUGCACGCAUGCACGCACGUACGUACGUAUAUCCCUUACACUACGGCCAAUUCAGAGAGAUACAGCGUGUGCAGUUUGUACUAUUAUAGACUCUCAAAUACGAAAAGUAUAUAUAUUAUAUAAUAUUUAAAUAUGUACUUACAACAAGUUGUUCUUACGAAA